AUUUAAGAUGAUGUUUCUCAGAGCAAUCAAAGUAACCCCUCUAACUCUUCCUCUACGAUGCUCCUCCAUUAAUCUAACUCAAUUGCCCCUGAGUAGGUCUUUUAAACCAACAACGAGCAAUAUCCGAAGCUUUUCUAUCAAAAAUCGUUCAAAAAUUCUUAAUAUCAUUAAUAAACGGAGCUCAUUUGAACUUAAAGAUUUAAGCACUCCUUCUCAGAGCCAUAAAGCGGUUCCACUUUCGGAAAGCUGGAACUUGAAAAUUUCAGACACUGAUGCAUACACUUCAAGUCAUUUCAGACUCCGUCCUGGGGAAGUGGAGCAAAUGCUCAACUCCUUAAGGAUGGAGUACAAGAUUAGUGGGGAUCAGGUCAAGGUUAAAUUCUGCCCUCUUUGACCAAAGGACCAUAAGCACGACCCUACUAACAUGUUUACCUGCAAUAUUCAAAGGCACAUCGGUGUCUUCCAUUGCUUCAGGUGUGGAAGCAAAGGUAGCUGGUUUGACUUUAAGCGGUUGGUAACAGGAAAUAUCAGUGUUGAGAAUUACAAUUCAGGAACUAUAGCACUUUCAAGCGCAUAUUCCAACUAUCACCAGGAUCCUAACUUUGAUCCUGAUUAUGCACUCAAUGCGUACCAGGAGCUGUUCAAUACUAAUAACAACUCGAUAGAUUACCUUACACGUAAAAAUAAUGGCGGGAGAGGCCUUAGCGAAGAAACCCUUCAGUUUUACAGAGUUGGCUGUAAGCAAGAGAAAUUCAGGCAGUUAGAUGGGACCUAUGACUACGAAGAAUGUAUGGUGUUUCCAAUUUAUGCUAAGAGGAGUACCCCUAGAGCAAGGAAUUCAGUUCCAAACAAAAGAUAUGACGAAGAGUCCUUGCCAAACGCUGAAAACAUCAUAAACCAUAACCCUGAAUACCAAUGUAUUAAGCUGAAGUUAAGAGCUUUGAGCAAUAAAAGCAAACAGAGGUUUAAUCCUGCUGGAAUUUCAGCCACAGGCCUUUUCGGACUUAACACAGUUCCAGCAGAAGCUAAAGCCAUUGUCAUCACUGAAGGAGAGUUUGAUGCAAUGGCUGUCCAUCAAGCUACAGGAAUGCCUGCAGUUUCUCUCCCAAAUGGAGCCCAUUCUUUACCUCCAGUAAUCCUCCCAUGGCUAGAAAAAUACGAGAAAAUUUACUUGUGGCUGGAUAAUGAUGAAGCAGGCCAGUCUGCUGUUGAAAAAUUCUCUCAAAAACUUGGCAAGGGUAGGACUCUGAUAGUCAAAGCCCCAAUGAAUGGAGAUCAAUCCUUCAAAGAUGCAAAUGAGACUUUGAUCGGAGAAGGAGAUCUCAUGAGUUGUAUUAGAAAAGCUAAAUCUCUCAAUGAAGAGAACAUCAUUGGGAUUAGAGAUAUGACAGAAGACAUUAUUUCAAGACUUUUCUACUUUGAAGAAAUGAAAGGAACUCAGAGUGGAUACUUUAAAUGGUAUAACAACAUCCUAAAAGGGUUCAGAAAGGGAGAAUUAACUAUAUUUACAGGACCUACUGGAUCUGGAAAGACCACUUUCCUAUCUCAGUUGUCAUUAGAUUUCCUUGAAAGAGGAAUUCCGACACUCUGGGGAUCAUUCGAAGUAAAGAAUGAAAUUCUUGCAUCGACAAUGAUCCAGCAAUAUAGCAAGAAUGACACUGCAAAAAUGACAAAGAAUGACCUGAAAGACAUCAUUGAAGAGAUGGGCGAUCUACCACUAUACUUCAUGAAAUUCUUUGGAUCAACUGACUUAGAUGUGCUAUUCAAUACUCUCGAUUAUGCAGUUUACACAUACGAUAUCGGCCAUAUCGUCCUUGAUAAUCUCCAAUUCAUGAUCAGUGGUCAAGGAAGAGGUGCUUCAAAAUUUGAUAUCCAAGAUGGUGUCAUUUCAGGUCUCAGGAGAUUUGCCACAGAGAAAAAUGUUCACAUUACGAUCGUAAUUCAUCCAAAGAAAGUCGAUGAUGAUGACGAACUCACCAUUGCAAGUGUGUUCGGAUCUGCAAAGGCAACUCAAGAGUCAGAUAAUAUCAUGAUAAUGCAAAACAAACACAGAUUCAGAUACAUUGACAUCCGUAAAAACAGGUUCGAUGGCUCAAUUGGAAGAGUUCCUAUCGGAUUUGAUAGAUCUACCAAGAGGUACUUUGAACUCUCAAGAAAGGAAGAAGAGUCCUUUUACAGAGAGAAUGUGACUAUGAAGGAUAUCAUCUCAGUUCGUCUUGCUGAAUUCGGCACCACUGAACCAUACCUGCUUGACGAUACUCGAAAUGCAACUCCUGUUCAAACUAAUGAUUAUGUAGACAGAAAAGAAAGGAUGCCUAAAAUGAUAAAAGAGCCAGAAGUUGCUCGUCAAGCAAAAACAGAGCAAGAAAUUCAGAAAGCAAGAGAAUUCAAAGCUCUUGACAAACAGAAGAUGAACCAGAUCCUUGCUUCAGAUAUAGCCUCUUCAAAGCCUAUUGAAGAAGACAAACAGCAAAAAGAGUCAAGAGUGAAAGAAUUUGAGAAAAUCAAGAAAAAGCUUCAGAGCAAUCCAGCUGUUCCUGAUUUAUCAAUUGACAAUGAAUACAAUAAGCUUGCUAGUCUGGAAGAUGAGUUUGAUCUUGACUUAGAAAUUCCUGAUACAAUCAGCAGCCACCAUGCUCAUAAUGAAUAUAUCGGUAGUGAUGAUGAAAAACUAUAUCCUAAAUCUACAAAAAUGUCAGAUCCAAGCAAUCUAUACAAUUCAGAUUAUGAGAUUUUAACAGAAGUAUCAGACUUUUCUGAUUGGCCAGAUGACUCCUAAUUCAUAACUAAUAGGUUCAACUUUA